CCCGAGCCGUAACACUGAAAGACUGGCGCGAGCUUCACAUGAGACCCGGCGGACUGAUGUUGAGAGGGGCGCUGGGCGGGUUAUCGGGGGUCUGUGCGCUGCGGGGUCUGCUCUUACCGCCGGUCUGUAGUAGCUGCGCGCGCCAGUGUCGGUGGGCGGAGCGGCGGCGGCGCGCGCUCGGGAGGACGGGCUGGUGUAGCGGUCAGGACUGAGCUCAGAGAUGCUGAAGCGCGCGGACUCUGCCCGACCUGCAGCUCUGGAUUUGACCUUCACACAUCACUGCAUCUCCCACACGUUUCCUACAGAUACUACAGGCUUCAGGAUCACCGAGGAGCACCGAGGAGACGCUGUUCCCCUAAAGGUGUAACGUGAAGAUACCCAAUGCUGUGGUUAGCUAUGUGGGAUUACUAUGAAGUAAAAUCAAACAUGGAGGAUCUAUUUUCUAAACCCAAAAAGCAGUUGAAAGCAGUGUCAUCAAGCAAGCGUCUUUAACAUUAGCAGAGCAAGUUGAGUAGCUCUUUUUGGAUGCUGCCAGAUCAUUUUUUUAUUUAAUUACCAAUGCCUGUAGCAUCUAAAGGAUAUGUUGACUCCCCUGUAAUGCCCUUGUCAUCUAAAUGGCAAAUCAUUUAAGCAACUUGGGCAUUUAAUGAAGGCAUAUUGAAAUGUAUUCUUAGCCUAAAGUACUGUGGAAUAAAAAUACAUUUUUACCAUGCCUCCCCUUUGUCAACCAGCUAUUGUAUUUUUCCUGCUGAGUACACGUCUCGGCAUGGGCCUGUGUCUGGAGUUCACAGGCUCUGAGGGCCAGUGGGCUCGCUAUAUCCGCUGGGAUGCCAGCACCAGAAGUGACCUCACUUUUCAAUUCAAAACGUCUGUAUCUGAUGCUCUAAUACUCUAUUUUGAUGAUGGAGGCUACUGUGACUUUCUGCUUGUAACUAUUGCAAAAGGGAAAAUAAAUCUUCGUUUCAGUGUGGAUUGUGCAGAAACUACAAUAAUCUCAGAUAAAAUGGUCAACGAUAGCCGCUGGCACUUUGUCACCAUAAGCAGGCACAACCUGCGAACAGUACUGACAUUGGAUGGAGAGUCAAAUGCGGAUGAAGUGCGACCACAGAGGCAAUUCAUGAAGAUUGUCAGUGACCUUUACCUUGGGGGAGUUCCUCAAGACAUCCGGAUGUCCACACUAACGCUGCCAGCCGUCAAGGAGAUGCCUCCAUUCAAAGGGAUAAUUACUGACCUGGGUUAUGGCAGUCAGGUACCUACACGCUUGGAGAGCCAAAAGGUUCAUCUUGAGAUGGAGGGCACGUGCACAGAAAAUCCCUGUGAAAACGGAGGCAGCUGUAUUGUGGCAGAUGGAGAAUCAUACUGUGACUGCUCCAAAACUGGAUAUGUGGGUCGUUAUUGUAAAGAAGCAGCCAACCUUAAUCCUGGUUUCGCACACAUGGUGAAGUCUCAACAAGCACGGGAGGAGAACAUAGCAACAUUUCGAGGUUCUGAGUAUUUCUGCUAUGACCUGUCGCAGAACCCCAUUCAGAGCAGCAGUGAUGAGAUCACGCUUUCCUUCAAGACCUGGCAGCGUAAUGGACUCCUCCUCCAUACAGGAAAAUCAGCUGACUACGUAAACUUAGCACUAAAGGAUGGAGCUGUUUCACUGGUCAUUAACCUGGGCUCAGGAGCCUUCGAGGCAAUCGUUGAGCCUGUCAGUGGAAAGUUUAAUGACAAUGCCUGGCAUGACAUCAAAGUGACACGCAAUUUAAGACAGCAUUCAGGCAUUGGACACGCUAUGGUGACCAUCUCGGUAGAUGGUAUCUUGACCACCACUGGCUAUACCCAAGAGGACUAUACCAUGCUGGGCUCUGAUGACUUUUUCUAUGUGGGGGGCAGUCCCAGCACCGCUGACCUUCCUGGAUCUCCUGUCAGCAAUAACUUCAUGGGUUGCUUGAAAGAGGUGGUCUACAAAAACAAUGACAUUCGUCUGGAGCUGUCUCGACUAGCCCGGAUUGCAGACCCCAAAAUGAAGUUGCAAGGGGACGUAGUCUUCAAAUGUGAAAAUGUACCUACUUUGGAUCCCAUCUCAUUUGAGACAGCUGAGUCCUUCCUCAGUCUUCCAAAAUGGAAUACCAAGCGUGUCGGCUCUAUCUCUUUUGACUUCCGUACUUCUGAACCCAGUGGAUUGAUUCUUUAUACUCAGGGCAAGCCUCAAGAAAAAUGGGAUACCCACAGUCAGAAGAACAAUAAGGUGGACUUCUUUGCGGUGGAGCUUUUGGACGGCAGCUUGUUCCUUUUGCUGGAUAUGGGAUCAGGAACAAUAAAAGUGAAAGCCACCCAUACCAAAGUUAAUGAUGGGGCCUGGCACCAUGUGGAUAUCCAGCGAGACGGAAGAUCAGGAAUCAUUUCAGUGAACAGCCGAAGGACAUCCUUCACUGCCACUGGGGAGAAUGAAAUUCUGGACCUGGAAGGAGAACUUUAUUUAGGAGGGCUGCCUGACAACAGGGCUGACCUGGUUCUGCCCACCGAGCUCUGGACUGCCAUGCUCAACUACGGCUAUGUGGGCUGCAUACGGGACCUGUUCAUCGACGGUCGCAGCAAAGACAUUCGGCAGAUUGCAGAGGCCCAGGGCAGGUCUGGGAUCAAGCCGUCCUGCAGCAAAGUGAGUGGCAAGCAGUGUGACAGCAACCCAUGCAAUAAUAAUGGUGUCUGCAAAGAGGGCUGGAACCGUUUUAUCUGUGACUGCACUGGAACUGGCUACUGGUCUAAAACCUGUGACAGAGAGGCAUCUAUUCUAAGCUUUGAUGGCAGUAUGUACAUGAAAGUAGUGCUACCCAAUGUCAUGCACACAGAGGCAGAGGAUGUGUCUCUGCGCUUCAUGUCUCAACAUGCCUUUGGCCUUCUAAUGGCUGCGACCUCCCGCAAUUCAGCGGACACGCUUCGGCUUGAACUAGAUGCCGGUCGUGUGAAACUUACAGUCAACUUAGACUGUGUCAGGAUAAACUGUAAUUCCAGUAAAGGCCCUGAGACCCUGUAUGCAGGGCAAAAGCUGAAUGACAACGAGUGGCAUUCAGUCCGAGUGGUACGACGUGGUAAAAACUUUAAACUCACAGUGGAUGACGAUGUUGCUGAAGGUCAGAUGAAUGGUGAUCACACACGGUUGGAGUUCAGUCAUUUGGAAACAGGUAUUCUGACAGAGCGACGCUUUGCCUCAUCAGCACCAUCCAGCUUCAUCGGCCAUCUGCAGGGACUCAAGUUCAAUAGCCUACUCUACAUAGACAUGUGCAAGAAUGGAGACAUAGAGUUCUGUGAGCUAAACGCUCGCUUUGGCCUGCGUUCUAUUGUGGCAGACCCAGUCACCUUUAAAACAAAGGGCAGCUUUCUGGGUCUGGCAACACUGCAGGCCUACAGCACCAUGCACCUCUUCUUCCAGUUCAAAACCACCUCUGCUGAUGGCUUUAUUCUGUUCAAUAGUGGAGACGGCAGUGAUUUUAUUGCGGUGGAGUUGGUAAAAGGGUACAUCCACUAUGUUUUUGACCUUGGAAAUGGACCCAGCCUGCUCAAAGGAAACAGUGACAGCCCUCUCAACGACAACCAGUGGCACAGUGUUGUCAUCACUCGAGACACCACCAACACACACUCUCUCAAGGUGGACACCAAAUCAGUCAGCCAAGUGGUCAACGGUGCUAAAAAUCUGGACCUGAAAGGAGACUUGUUUGUGGCUGGUCUGGGCCCCAACAUGUACCAGAACCUGCCAAAACUAGUUGUGUCUCGUGAAGGCUUCCAGGGAUGCCUGGCUUCAGUGGACUUAAACGGCCGUCUCCCGGACCUUAUCAAUGAUGCACUUUUCAGCAGCGGCCAGAUUGAACAUGGAUGUGAAGUUGGUUUCACCAAAGCUGACUUGCAAGGACCCAGCACCACAUGCCAAGAAGACUCUUGUGCCAACUAUGGAGUGUGCAUUCAGCAGUGGGAGAACUUCACUUGUGACUGCUCCAUGACCUCUUACUCUGGUGUGACAUGCAAUGACCCGGGAGCUACAUAUAUAUUUGGAAAAGGUGGAGGAUUAAUCACAUACACGUGGCCCAUCAAUGAACGUCCAAGCACAAGAACAGAUCGUCUGGCUGUAGGAUUCAGCACCACCAUUAAAGAUGGAAUUAUGGUUCGCAUUGAUAGUGCUCCUCGACUAGGCGACUACAUCAUGCUGCACAUUGAAGAAGGCAAUGUGGGUGUGAUGUUUAACAUUGGCACAGUGGACAUCAAUGUCAAAGAGACCUCUACUGCUGUGAAUGAUGGAAAAUAUCAUUUGGUUCGCUUCACCAGAAAUGGAGGAAACGCUACACUACAAGUGGACAACUGGGCAGUUAAUGAGCAUUUUCCAUCAGGCUUCAGUGACAUUGAGCGCUUUCAAAUGGCUAAUAAGAAAAUCCCUUUCAAAUAUACCCGACCGGUUGAAGAUUGGCUACAUGAGAAAGGUCGGCAGCUUACCAUUUUUAACACCCAAGCCACAGUCUCAAUAGGAGGAAAUGAUCGCAAAUUUCCAUAUCAAGGCCAGAUGUCUGGUCUGUAUUACAAUGGGCUGAAGCUUCUUAACAUGGCUGCAGAGGGUCAUGCCAACAUCAGGGUGAAUGGCAGUGUGCGACUGGUGGGGGAUAUGCCUACCAGCCGAAGCCCUUCACGCACCACCACAUCUAUGCCCCCUGAGAUGUCUACCACUUUCAUAGAGACCACAACAACCCUGUCAACAACUACAACUCGAAAGCAGCGCUCCCCACCCACCAUUCAGACAACAGAUGACAUUGUAUCAUCAGCAGAAUGUUCCAGUGAUGAUGAGGAUCUGGAGGAGUGUGACCCUGGGAAUCCAGGAGGCGAAUUAGUCAUCCCUGUUCUAGUUGAGGACCCAAUAGAUAUCCCUCCCGUUUCCACUCGGUCCCCAUUCAUUCCUCUCCCCCCAACCCUCCGCCCAUUUCUCACCAUAAUUGAGACCACCAAAGAAUCUUUGAGCAUUGCCACAGAGGAGGGGGUACCUUGUUUGUCGAACCGAGGCAGUGAUGAUUGCGAUGAUGAUGGGGGUGUUGAUGAUGGCUUGGUGAUAUCUGGGUUCGGAUCGGGGGAGAGAUUCGACUCUAGCCUCCCUCCUACUGAUGAUGAAGAUUUUUAUACCACCUUCUCCCUGGUAACAGAUAAGAUCUUGACCACAUCAGCCUAUGAAGGUGGCUACAAAGCUCUGGCACCCAAGUGGGAGACAAAGGAUUUUAAGCCUAGUAAGGCUUCUGAAGCAGGCAGAACUACACUUAUCCCACAUCUGCCAGAGCCCAGAAGCUCUGUAGUAGCAUUUGUCUCAUCUGAGGCACCUCCUAAAAUUCCUGCUGGCAAAAUGAACAACCGCGAUGUCAAACCGCAUCCCGAUGUAGUGCUGCUUCCUUUUCCCACGUUUUAUGAGAUGGAUGGCACCAAACCCAGAGGCCCACUCAUCACCCAACCUAUGGUUCGCAACGUGCCCAGUGCUCUGCCCACAGUUCCAGGAAUCAGAAAAGUUCCACCUGGCGCCUCAGAAGUUAUACGUGAAUCCAGCAGCACUAUGGGUAUGGUGGUGGGCAUUGUGUCAGCUGCGGCGCUUUGCAUUCUCAUCCUCCUCUAUGCCAUGUAUAAAUACAGGAACAGAGAUGAGGGUUCUUACCAAGUGAAUGAGACACGGAAUUACAUCAGCAACUCAUCACAGACUAAUGGUGCAGUAGUUAAGGACAACCAGCCAAGUAGGAAAGGCACUAGUAGCAAAAGACCAAGAGACAAGGACAAGGAAUACUAUGUAUAAAAGAAAGUCUGAGUCAUUCUUAUCUGUUGGUAUUCUGAAGUACACAAGUACUUGGCAAAAUAAUUGUGCACUGUAGCCCUGUACAGAACAUUAUGAUCAUCAACGGUAUUGGGCAUGCAUGUAAAAUGUGUUUAAAUUAGUGCUGGCAUCUUUCCAAGAACAAAACUAGAAAAAAGAUUUAGGACACAGGGGGCAUUAAAAGUAAGCACAAUUCCUUAUAAAAGUGGCUCAUUUUUUGUUCUUGCAAAAAUAAGUUAUGAAAGAAAUGUUUGAAGGUUUUUUUUAUUAUUUGUUCCCCCAUUUUAAUAUAAAAAAAAAUCAGUGUGACAAGUGCCACUUCAUAAAUUAGCAUUUUAAGGGAGAAAAAAAUAGAUAAAUGCAUUUCAGGUUUCCACUUUUUAAAUGACUGUAUUCUGACUACAGAAUCCUAUAAAUUUUUUGGUACUAUGAAAGUCAAGGUUACAUACAAACACGCCACAGCAAGUAACAAUAUAGCAAAAUAAAAUUUAUGCAGAAUAACAAACAUUUGUUUUUCUUAUAAUCGAUAUAUUUUUUUAGAUAUUGUAGACAUUUUUAAGACAUUUGUCUCAAGAUUUGUACUUGCGUACCUAAGCUCUUGUGACAGUAUCCAGUAUCUUAAGGAAUGGUCAAAUAUGAGGAAUUUGACAUUAUUAUAAUAUGAAUGUCAUCACAGUCCAAUUUGUCAUGCAGUCACACUGUUUGCAUAUCGUUGCUGCCAAAAUAUGCAUCUCCAUUUUUUCCAUUUUACUUUUUCUGCAUCAUUUGAAAACAGCAGCUGUCAUUUACAUUACUGCCGAAUCUGUCAUGAUCACCUUAUUUGGAUAGUACAAUUUAGCCUCCAGUAGAUCUACAGAUGUUUAUAUUAAAAAGCUAUCUGGUGAAACUAAAAUGUUUAUUCUAACCACUAUUAUGGAAAGGUUAAGAUUUAGCAUAAUGUUUUGAUGGGGUUUAGUGUUAAGAAAAAAUAAAGAAAACAUAUUUGAUAUUGAAUGUGGGAUAAAGUACCUACAAAGCUUCUAAAAUGUACUAUCCAAGUAUUACCAACAUUUCACAUUAACCUGCAAAAUCAUGUUUUUGCCUUCUUUAUGUAAAGUUAUCAUUUUGGAGAAACUUUUUUUUGUACAGUGAUGAUUUUUACUACAUAAAUACUAUGUUGUCAUUUAGGCUGAUACCAAACAUUAAAACUGUGGUUAUAUUAAUUUAUCUUUACAACUGGUCUAGUUGGUGAAACUCACCUACAGUGUGUACUUGUUUUACUUGCUGUAGCCCACAAAGAUACCGCCUAAAAGGACUUAUGCAAAUCAUGCAAUUAUCUCUGCACAUUCAUUAUUAUAUAUGAGGUUGGUGGGUUCACAAGGAGAAGACUGCUGAGAACUGUCAGUUGACAGAAAAUGACAUUCUGAGUGGUUUUCUUAUUACUGGUUAUUAUAAUAUUGCUUUUAAUUAUUAAAAUGAGUAAGAGGGUAAACAGGUAGAUGAUGCUUACUAUUUUACAACCUCAAAACAGGAAAAAGUUAGGACAAUAUGGGGGACAAAAUCAACAAAAAAGGCAGUGUUUCUGAAAUGUAUUUAUUUGUAGACACUAUAAACCUUAUGUAAGAUCUCAAGUUUCUCAAAACCUAUUAAACUAUUAUUCUCCAUCUUUUGUUUUCUUGAAAGUAAAUAUACAGAACAAAAUGAUAUAAAAAAUACUUCACUAAGAUAAAGUAUUCAUUUCCACCUUAAGUCCAAAUGUAACUAAACUAGGCUACAAUUACAUCUUGAGAGACUGGAUAACCAUGGCCUUAUUUUAUAACGAUAUAGGAGUGCAAUCACCCAUCACACACACAAACUGGUCCUCACAAAGUAUACAGGUUUAAAGUGCCAGAGUUUAAUUUCCUGUUUGAAAAUCACGACAUUGAAUGCAUCGAAUGAUGCAUGUAUAGAAUUUAUUUAUCCAGCAAUGGAUUUAAAAUCAAAGUACACGUAAGGAACACUGCCUUCAUUUAUUUAUUUAUUUUUCCUCAUGCUGCCAACUUUGUCUGAUUUGGGGUUGUAAGUACUUUAAGUUUUACUUUAUGUUCCAUUGUCUGUAAUUUGAUUUUCAUCAUGUUCUACUGACAUUGUGCAGUGUUAUUUAGGUUAAUAUUUUAUAACUGUUGGCUGAAUGUGAUGUUUUUUUUAUUUAUUUGUUUAUUUACUCUUUAAUUUUUCACCAUGUAGCACAGAAACAAAACUACAGUGGCAUGCAUAUGUUUGGGCACCCCUGGUCAAAAGUUCUGGUAUUAUGAACAUUUAAGCAAGUUGAAGAUGAAAUUAUCUCUAGAAGUUAAAGAUGACUAAUUCCCUUUACAUUUUGAUCAAAACAUUUUUUGCUUCUCUUAUAUUUGCAAAAUGAAAAGUAAAAGUUUGGGCACCUCAUGGUUAGUACAUACUAGCACCACCUUGGGCAAGUAUCAAAGCUUGUAAAUGCAUUGCUCUUUUGAGAUCUAUCCACAGAUGACAGUGAUGUUCAGGUCAGGGGACUGUGCAGGCCAUAAUGAAAGCUUUAUCUUGGGCCUUUUGAGGUAGUCUAUUGUGGAUUUUAAAGUUUUAGGAUCAUUAUCUAUUUGCAGAAUCCACCUUCUUAUCAACGUAAGCUUGUGGAUGGUGCUAUACAUUAAGAAUUUCAGAAUUUACAGAAUCCAUCCUUGAAUGAGUUUCAGGUGGUAUCAAAAUUUCUAAUUUCUUCAUGUGGAAGUUUUUUCUAGAUUCUAUCACAUAUGGUAAAGACUAUUUUGUGUAAAAAUGAGUCUGCUUGACAUAUUUUAUAGUUUUAAUAUUAUGCUGCACUUUAGUUAGCUUGUAUAUUAAGCCUGACAAACAGGCCUAAGACUAGACUAUUAAAAAAUUACACAAUGAAUAAUACCAGUCAACCUUAAUAAUAAUCGUCCUUUAAACAAAACUAAACCCUGAAGUCUUUAUGUAGGAUAUGGUCCAUUCCUCAUAUGUUUUGUUAAUGAUAGAGUUUAAGCUCUCUUGUAUGUAAAGAGUUGUAGCAGAGUCUGUGGACACUUUUCUCCAGUUUCACUCAGGUGCUGAUCUACAGGAAUGAACAGCUUGCUUAUUUAUUUUUAUGCUGUUGUUAAAUGAGUUUUAUUUUAGGUUUAGGUAUAGGUUUGGUUAUUGAACAGCUGACAGCCGUUCUGGAUUCUUCCAGAACAAGCAGAUUGCCAGUCCGCCCCUGGUAGGGAGCUGCUUAGAAGAACCCAAAAUAUGAAAUCACCUAGCCUUUCCCAAUGACAGUUGUGAACAUAAUCGUAACAGGGUUAUGGGGUAAGAGUUUUAACUCUAAAAUUGUAGUAAACUAAAAUAAUACACUGAUUUUGCUUAACAUGUUAAAAAGUGUGUUUCAUCUAUAACAUUAUGCCUUUAGGAGUUCUUCAACUUGCUUAACUGGGAUAUCCAAACCUUUGCAUGUCACUAUAUGUGUGUGUAUUUCGUUCUUUAAGAUUUUAAUUUAUUGUUUUAAUUAUUGUUUUUGUCCUUUAACUUUAAAUAAUUUAAUUUUACACUGUGUCCAGCAAUAAAAUGUUCCCAGAUAUUUUCAAUAUUAUUGUAAUGCUUCCUGUUUUUAAAACUAAUAAUUGUUUAGCUGUGGCCCACUGUUUCAACUUAGGGACUGCAGUCAUAGAGUGUGCUACUAGGGAGUAAACAUUCAACAGGACUUGAAGAGUUUUCGGAUUUUAAGGACAUGGCAGCUUACAUGAGAACAACACUCUGCUGUGCAAAUCACAAGGAAAAAUUAAAGCCAUUUUUGUUGCACUUCUACCAUUUACCAUUAUGAAGUUAAUUUUGUGCUAAACAUUUUACAAAAAAUAAAAUGUGAAAAAAAAAAAAAAGUUGCAAAUGCAAAGCAGAAAAAAAUCUAUCAAAUAUAUUUUUAGAUUUUGUACAUUUUUGUUUUUAGUACAUUUUUCUAAAAGUGUUUGGCUUAUGGAAUCUUCUGUUUAUUUUUCUGCUUCUGAGUUUCAGCACAAUUUUAUAGGUGUGUGGGUCAACUUGAAAUUUCUGUUGAUCACUUUUGGACAGACAGGUACUCUGAAAUGUAGUCUGAGACCUAGUUUUUUUUGUGUAUGGCAGAGCUGCUGGAAUAGAGCUGCUCUGCCAUAGAUCUGCUGGAAUAUAAAAUAGAGUAAAUGUAUCCAACUUAAAAGUGCAUGUGGGGUUGCAUGGAUUUCCAGUACUGAGCAGAUACAUGAAGUCAUGGCCGUCUCCAUGGCGAUGGACAGACAUUUGCUUCUAUAAGAUUGUGUGGGAAGUGUGGUUAAUUUAAUUAAGUUAAUUAAAACUGAAUCCAUCUUGUAA